AUGAUUCUUAGAAAUCAGACCGCGUCUGUUGUGUCUCGGCAUCAAGAUAAUAAUCGCCCUGGAAGGGGACCCGACCAAGGAACAUAUUCCACAAAAGAACUUGUUUCUGCUGCCCCGCAGGUGCCUGCUUCUGUGUCCAGAUGUCUUUCCCAGAGCGUGGAGUUGCGUGCAUUAUCUGCCUUGUUCACUUCAAGUACGCUACUGCCAAAAUAUGAUGCUCGAUUGAGUCACGGCCAUCUAGACUUUCUACAGUCUCUGUAUCAGAAAGUCGCCGCCGAUUCUCCACUUGCGCUGGCUACCUCCUGGCUGGCUGUCUUGGUCAUGGGCUUCCACAACAAGGGCAGACCAUACUAUAUGGAGGAGAGCCAAUUGAUGUCCAGUGCCAUCCAGCACACUCUGAACGCUACCAAGGAUCCAGUACAAAGUGUUCAAACCGAAACACUGGCUGCUGUGGUUCUUCUUGGGUAUGGUGAGUACCUGCAAGAUAAGAAAGGCAGAGCAAGGGAGGCGAUGUUUAUGAUUCACCAGAACGGUGCCGAAGCUUUGAUCAGAAAGAGAGGGGCAAUGAAUUUCCAAGACAGUACAUCAAUUGCCCUUUUCGACGCUGUUCGACAUAAUGCAGUUAGUCUUACAAUUUCCGGCAUCGGGCCACCUAGAAGAAAUUGGGAUUUGUGGGCUCUGGAUGAUGAAGUCCGCCAAUUGUGCGAUUCUUAUACUCCCGCCACAGAACUUGAUGCGUGUGCGGUUAUGAUGCUAUCUCUAAAAUACAGCUUAGAAAGAGAGGACUGCAGCACGUAUCUGCAUUUGCAAACAGAAUUGUUACAACUUCUCGAACGUUUAAAAAGCUGGCCGUACCAUGUCCCAAGCGAAUGGUUCCUUCCAGGGACAACAACUAGCCAAACGCCAAUACACCAUUCAAGAGAAGUGUGCUAUAUUUUAAACCAGUGGUAUCUCCUUCUGCUUUCCGUGAGCCAUCUACUGAAAGAAUUUGACCUGAGACACAAAGCCGCCCAAAUCUGGGCGUCCGACUUCUCCAGCGAACUCAAUUAUAUUGAUAACAUAAUGGCAUCCAAAUAUGUACUUUUAGGCACCACCACUACUAGAUCGGGCAACAGAGGCACCAAUGUGCAAAUCUCCCCCAGCAUCGCUGCUCCAUUGUCGGAAGACUUUGUUUUUGCCGUCGAUGAUCGAGAAAUCCAGGAUACAAGAUUAUUUCAGCAGACUAUCGAGAAGUUGUAUGUCAUUAUUUCUCAUGCCUUGGAGAAUAUGAUGUUGCCCCCUACGGUGACUAUGUGUUACCAGGAAGUAUUAUCCUGGGCAAGAAAGGAACGGCAUGAACUCAUUUCACCGUAG